AUGCGACAGAUCGCGCACGGAAUCUCGCUUCUCGCAGGCAGCGGCAAAGUCGCUCCCGAAUCCCGAAUUCCGAAUUCCGAUUUACUCUCACACGCCUCAGUCCCCCUCUUUCGCCUUCUCGUCCUCCACGCUGCCUUGAGUCGGCGCUGCUGCUUCCGGGUCGCCAUCCAUCUUGCUGCGGUUGGGACCUCGGUGAAUGGGAAUCCGCAGUUUCAACGCCAAAUUCCAACUGAUGAAGGGGGGAUGAAGGCAGCACCAUGCGUGUCAAGCUGGACGAUGAUUGUCCCCCAAAGGCGUGGAAGUGCGGGCGGGAUGUGCUGGACUCUAGUGGUGAGUUGUGGUUACACACGACACGACCUCAGAGGCCAGGAGGGCAAGCGGUAA